AUGGGUGAGGUAAAUAAAGAUGCUGUUGAAAAAUACUUGGAGAACAAUCCCCAGUUUGCCAAGGAAUAUUUUGAUCGCAAAAUGAGGGCAGAAGUGCUGGGAAGUAUCUUUCAAGUGAACCCUGGAGAUGUGAAGGAAGGAGUAAGCUUCAAAGACAUGUCUCGCCUGGAGGAGUGUAACAUACUUUUUGAGCUGCUGACAGAAAUCCAGGAUGAAGCAGGCUCAAUGGAAAAGAUUGUGCACAAAACCCUGCAGAGGCUGUCACAGCUGCUGGCAGCCGAUCGGUGUAGCAUGUUUAUUUGUCGUUCCCGAAAUGGUACUCCAGAAGUAGCUACCAGGCUUCUCAAUGUCACUCCAACUUCCAAAUUUGAGGAGAAUUUGGUGAAUCCAGACAACGAGACUGUUUUCCCUUUGGACAUCGGGAUAGCGGGAUGGGUUGCUCAUACCAAGAAGUUUUUUAAUAUACCUGAUGUGAAAAAGAAUAACCAUUUUUCAGACUUUCUGGACAAAAAAACUGGUUAUACCACUGUCAAUAUGUUGGCAAUCCCAAUCAUGCAGGGUAAAGAGGUGCUUGCUGUUGUCAUGGCUCUCAACAAAUUAAACGCCAGUGAGUUCUCAAAAGAGGAUGAAGAGGUCUUUAAAAAAUACCUCAAUUUUAUAUCUUUGGUCCUAAGAAACCAUCAUACCUCAUAUCUCUACAACGUUGAAUCCCGAAGAAGUCAGAUGCUGUUGUGGUCUGCCAACAAAGUAUUUGAAGAGCUAACAGACAUAGAACGUCAGUUUCACAAAGCACUGUAUACUAUUCGAAUGUAUUUAAACUGUGAAAGAUAUUCUGUUGGUCUGCUGGACAUGACUAAAGAGAAGGAGUUCUAUGAUGAAUGGCCCAUUCGGCUGGGGGAGGCAGAGCCUUACAAAGGUCCCAAGACACCUGAUGGAAGAGAAGUCAACUUUUAUAAGAUUAUUGACUACAUCUUGCAUGGGAAAGAAGAAAUCAAAGUCAUUCCGUCACCUCCAGCAGAUCACUGGUGUCUUAUCAGUGGAUUGCCAACAUAUGUUGCAGAAAAUGGAUUUAUUUGUAACAUGAUGAAUGCACCAGCAGAUGAAUAUUUCACAUUUCAGAAAGGACCCGUGGAUGAGACUGGAUGGGUUAUCAAAAAUGUCCUUUCAUUGCCUAUUGUCAACAAAAAAGAAGAAAUUGUGGGAGUUGCAACAUUCUACAACAGGAAAGAUGGAAAACCUUUUGAUGAGUACGAUGAACAGAUAAUUGAAACUCUUACACAGUUCCUGGGGUGGUCUGUUUUAAAUACCGACACUUAUGAUAAAAUGAACAAGCUUGAAAAUAGAAAAGACAUUGCUCAGGAAAUGCUUAUGUACCAGACAAAGGCUACUCCUACUGAAGUUGAAUCUAUACUGAAAUACAAAGAAAAAUUAAAUGUAAAGAGUAUAGAAGAAUGUGAUGAAAAAGAUCUUAUCAGGAUUUUGAAAGAAGAACUACCCGAUCCCAAAGACUUAGAACUAUAUGAAUUUCGCUUCAGUGACUUUCCUGUUACAGAACACGGCUUGAUAACUUGUGGAAUACGACUGUUCUUUGAGAUAAAUGUUGUUGAAAAGUUCAAAGUCCCAGCAGAGGUCCUUACAAGAUGGAUGUACACAGUCAGGAAGGGUUAUCGAGAUAUCACUUACCACAACUGGCGACAUGGAUUCAACGUGGGACAAACAAUGUUUACUUUGCUGAUGACAGGUAGAAUAAAGAAAUACUACACUGAUCUAGAAGCCUUUGCCAUGGUUGCUGCUGCUUUCUGCCAUGACAUUGAUCACAGAGGGACCAAUAACUUGUAUCAAAUGAAAUCAGCUGCUCCACUAGCAAAGCUUCACGGCUCUUCCAUUUUAGAAAGACAUCACCUGGAGUACAGUAAAACCCUACUGCAAGAUGAGAGUUUAAACAUCUUCCAGAACCUAAAUAAGCGCCAGUUUGAAACCGUUCUACACCUAUUUGAAGUCGCAAUAAUAGCAACUGACUUGGCUUUGUAUUUCAAGAAAAGGACUAUGUUUCAAAAGAUUGUGGAUGCAAUUGAAAAAAUGGAAACAGAAGAGGAGGCAAUUAAAUAUAUAUCUAUUGAUCCAACCAAAAAAGAAGUCAUCAUGGCUAUGAUGAUGACCGGAUGUGACUUGUCUGCUAUAACCAAGCCUUGGGAGGUACAAAGUAAGGUUGCCCUCAUGGUUGCAAAUGAAUUUUGGGAGCAAGGUGACCUGGAACGAACUGUAUUACAGCAACAACCAAUUCCCAUGAUGGACAGAAACAAAGGUGAUGAACUACCUAAGCUCCAAGUUGGUUUUAUAGAUUUUGUGUGCACUUUUGUGUACAAGGAAUUCUCAAGAUUUCACAAGGAAAUUACACCCAUGUUUGACGGUCUUCAGAACAACAGGGUUGAAUGGAAAACUAGAGCUGAUGAAUAUGAAGAGAAGAUGAAAGCUAUUGAGGAACAAAAGAAAAAGGAAGAAGAAGCAGCUGCCAAAAAAGCUGAAAAUGCAGCUGGAGGUGGAAGUGGAGAGGAUGGAAAAUCCAAAACAUGUAUAAUUUUGUAA